GUAUUAAACCUGCAGGCUGCUUGCGGACGAGUGAGUGAUGGAGCAUUGUCCCGCAAUUGGUUGAUCGAUCACUGUCGAGCCAGUCACGAUUCUUGUCACACAUGCAUUGCAUGCCCACAUCUCACAUGAGAACUGGUCAGCUGGGUGCAGCCCCUCAAGCAUGCGGGAGCGGUCGAGAGACACGUACAAGCAGAUAUAAGAUGUAGACAGCGAUGAUGAAACUCUCCCUCCCUCCUGCCUGUCUUGUGUGUGUGUGUGGUGUCGCAAGAGCAGCAGCCAUACAGACACACAGACAGGCAGAGGGUACAGGGCCCUCCACCCACGCCUAUCCCUCCGGCUUGGCUCCACCGCAGCAGCGCUUGACCGCACUGCAGAUCUGGUCCCCCCCCCACCUCGCCACCGACCAACUAAAGGCCAUGCCCGUGCAGAUGUCCUGCGUGGCGCUUCGCACCUCCCAGAGCAUCGGGUCAUCAGUGGCCUCCCACAGCUCCCACCCUCCUGUGAAGCCGUUCUUGUACCACCCGCCCUCCAUCGGGAAAUCCACACGUACCCAUUUGGCCAAGGCCACGAAAUCGACAUGGUGGGCCUGGCUGUAGUGCAUGGGCUGGGGGAUCAGGUCCUCCUGCACGUCUGUGUGCGGGGGAGGCUGGGGUGGGGUCAUGUGGUGGGGGGGCAUGUGGUGGUAGUGGUGGUGGUAGUGGUGCACGGGCGCCAUCUGGACGAAGGCGACGGAGGACGGCAGCACAGCCGGCGAUGCAGCAGCGGCGACAUGACCGAUAGCGCCACUUUCGUGGGCGAGAGGUGCGACAGCGGCCGGAAGGCAGGCGGGGUGCGAUGGUGUGCGGGCUAUAGGCGGUGGGGGCUCCUGUGUCUGCUGCUCUUGCUCCUCGGCCAACGCAAAUAAACAACCAACGCCUGAAUGAAAGACACAGACAGACACAAAUCGAUGGAGUGGUGACCUCCUGUGUGAAUGCAUGUGCGUGGGUACCCAUCUGUCUGUCUGCCUGUCGUAUUGUGUUUCGUACCUGGGUCAGGGUGGUCGUUAUGAGAGGCACGUGUGUGCCCAGGGCGGGGGCGGGCGGUGAGUCAGGUGGUGCAGGGGCGGGGCACCGGGGUCCAUGGACCGCUUGACCCCCUCCAGGAACCCCACCAGGUCCCGCAGCCCCCUCUCCAUGUCGGCCAUGGAGCACCGGUCGCUUGGCCCUGGGCGUGUGGCGGCCUCCGACAGCUGCUCGAGGCGCUUGAGUGCCUCGUCUACCCACUCAAACCCCCUCUUGCCUCUGUGCUCAUACAGCCCCACCCUCGCCUUCUUGGGAUGGCUAUCGGGCUCCAUGAUCUGCUGGCGAGUCCGCUCCCAAUUUAACGCAAUGACGGCCUGCUGGACGUUGUGGAACUGCAGGUAUGCCUGCUUGGCCGCCUUGUGUGCCGUCAGCUGCUGUUGGUACUGCCGCUUCUCCUCCUCGGUGGCGUCGUCGGCCGGCUGGUGUGGCAGGCUGGGUCGCUUGGGCCAGUUGCCCUCUCUGGCGAGCCAGCUGUGGAACAUCUCCCCUCUCAGGGCAUUGUACAUGACCACCCCCAGGUUGAACACCGGGCUUCGGUCGGUCAUCCACAU